AAACAAAUCUGCCGGUUCUCCCACUUCGUACGCCGCCUCGCCGGAAGGCGAAGAGGAACAAACCGCGGCGGGGGAGGCAGAGGAGCAUCAGCUGCGAGCCGGCGACGGCGAGGCCCCUGCCAUGGUUGUCCACGUGGUGUACAGGAGGAGGGAGAGCUCUUGGAGAGGGGGCGAGACGUCCGCGAGGCUCCACCAGGGCGCCGCCGCCAUGAGCAACCCGGCCGGCGGCAAGCACCUCGUCCGCCUCGCCGGCUCCUCCUCGCUCCGCGGUGGCGCCGCCCUGUCUCCCGCCGUCUCCAUCUCCAGCGGGAGCCGCCCUGCCACGCGAGCCGGGGCCCGUGCCCUGCGCGCCGCCUCGCCUCCCCCGGCCUGCUCCAUCGCCUCCGUCGGGUGCUGGGAGUCCCGCGCGCUCCGCCUUGAUGGCGAUGAGGACUGGGAGGUGGUCGUCGCCCAGGGCGAUGACGCCGUCGGGGCGGAUUCUGGGGCGUUCGACGCUGUCCAGGAGGCGGCGGAUGAGCACGCGGAGGCGUUCGGGGCCCCGCCCACCGACCAGGAAGUCCGCGCCGCCGUUGCUAGCAUCCAAGAGGUAUUUGAAAACCAUCCUGGAUUGGAUUCUGAUGCACCUGCCCAAGCACUUGCAUUGUCCCCCAUCUCAGGACUUCCUCCAUCUGGAAUGUUUGUUAAUUAUUUUUCUGAAGGUUCUACACCAUCUGAUAUUAAGAUUGAGGAUUCUACUCCAUCUGAUGUUAAGAUUGACCAAUUAGCCAGCUUAGAACACUCUACACCAGACACUGCAUCAGAGGAAUGUAUUGAACCUGCUAUGCUUGUCCUUAACUCAACUGCUCUUUUGACAAGGGAACAUCGGAAUGUGCUGGAUGCAUUCCACCUAUUGCAAGUAGAUUCUUCUGUCCAGAAAAUGGUUAUGGCCUUGUCAACUGAUAAGUCUGUAUGGGAUGCCGUGAUGAAAAAUGAGGUGGUGCAAGAAUUCAGGAAGUCCUUUCAGGAUGCUAAGGAGGCUGAUCCCAAUGGAAGUUCUUCUGCUUCUCCUGGAGUGAUGAAGUGGGUCAUGGAAACCACCCAAGCAAAGAUCAAGGAAUUCCUUGAGAGCAUACUUAAGCUUGUGAACAUGCUCUUUCAAGCUCAGAGUGAGGACUAUGAUUUGUAUGACGAUACAGUGAGAAUGUCCUUCAUGCUCGCAGUGUUCGUCUUCAUUGUGGUGACUGUGGCUCGCAUUAAGUGAUGCCAAAAAUUCGUCGACUUCACAUUUGGUGGUCUGUUAGCUGUGUACAGGAUAUGUUCUAGCCUUUUAAAUUCUUGUCGAAUGGGUUAAGAUCAUGGAUGGUAUCAUUCUUAGUUGUCAGUUCAAGAACUUUCAUUUUAAAAUUGCCAAGACAUCAAGAUUCUCAGUGGAGGUCUUAUAUGUUUACCCUAUGGGAAUACUAUGAAUUAUUGCCUUAAAACAUUAGUAUUUCAGGAUUUUAAUGAAUUGGUGAGACGAAUUUUCAUUC